AUGGCGGCCCGCCUGAAGCUGGUGGUCGUGGGCGACGGCGGCUGCGGCAAGACCUCGCUGCUGCUGGUCUACGCCGAGGGUGCAUUCCCCGAGCGCUACGCCCCGUCCGUGUUCGAGAAGUACAGCACCACGGUCCAGGUGGGCAGCAAGACGGUCGCCCUCGACUUGUACGACACCGCAGGACAGGAGGAUUAUGAUCGGCUACGGCCACUUUCUUACCAGAAUGCAAAUGUGGUCUUAAUUUGUUAUGAUGUUAUGAGCCCUACCAGCUAUGAUAACGUUUUAAUUAAGUGGUAUCCUGAAGUCAGUCACUUCUGCCGGGGCGUCCCCUUAGUACUCAUCGGCUGCAAAACAGACCUUCGAAAAGACAAGGAACAUUUACGGAAACUCAGGUCUUCUCAACAGGAACCCAUCACAUAUACCCAGGGGGAAGCAACCUGUCGCCAAAUGAAUGCAGAAGUUUAUCUGGAGUGUUCAGCUAAAUUUCGUGAAAAUGUAGAGGAUGUUUUUAAAGAAGCAACAACUAUUGCACUGAAUGCCAUAAAAAAAGCCAAGCGCCAAAAGAAACAGAAACGGUGCUCAAUAUUAUGAUCCAGAUCUCUAGGACUGUAAAGAACUUCCAACCACUUGAACCGCAUAUUACCAAAUAGUUCAGUGUCAGAGACCAUUACAUGUUUUUAUUCCUGCUUUGGUUUUGUUUUUAAAAAUUGAUUUUCCUCCUAUUUUUGCACUUCUGUUGUACUUGUCAUGAUGACUUGAAAGCAUUUUUUCCCUAUUUGUUAAUGGUGGACAUCUGGCUUUUACUCCCAACCACAAAUGACCAUCAGCCUGCUAUCUUUUAAUUGUGUGCUGGCUGCUUGACUGCUGGUGCUUGUACUGCUUAACGUUUUUUCCCACCCCCCUCUAAAAAGUAGCCCUUGACAUUUAUGGCUUUGAUUUAUUGUGACUGUUCACCAACAGACUAAUUUAGAAAGGGUAGAACUGAGUACUUUUCUCUAAGGAAAAGCAAAGUUAGAGCAGACUGCCAAUCACAAUCAGGGAAGACAGAAAUCAGGUUCUGUUCUGAUGUGUUCCGAGUUGUAUUUAUAGCAACAGUAGUAUGAAACCACCUCAAGCAACUUCCCCAACUAUGCAUACAGACAGUUCUGCUCUAGCUGUAUUACAAGGGCAGCUCUGCAAAGCUACUGCCCUAGAAGCCUCUUUGUCAGCUUUAUGGUAAGGGAUGUGUUCAACACCACUGGUUAUAGUGUACUCAACACCAUUCAAAACAACACCGAAAUGAUGAACCCUGUUAAAGUAGAUACUUAGUCCCCCGAGAGGGAGACCUUACGUGCAAUAUGGGCAAAACUAGUUUUGCAAUAAACAAGUGCAAUUGACUCCAUAUACAGUGUCUGUUUUAACAUAAAUAGGAAUUGCAUGUUUAUUACGUGGUGAAAUCAUCCUUGCUGCCUCAAGCUGAAUUUCCAUUUCACUGAUGUUUGCUCAGUAAUGGCUGCAGGUAUCCCAGCUAUUUUUCACUUAAGUCAGAGGGAACCUCCUGCUCAGGAAACUAACAGCUGAUCUUGUCUGCAAGUCAUAGCGUGUCAAACACUGCACAUUAAAAAGACAUGUGUAGCCUGAAAAUUCAAUAUUUUAAGUUAGAAACAGCAAGUUUUAUAACUGAUUUCUCUUCAUUUGGUUGCAUAACACAGUGUUAUGCGAUGGACCACUCCAAAGGACUUUCCUGUUUCUUUUGGAUGGGAUUCAAAGGUUGUUAAACUUGAUCCUCAGAUUUUUGGAGACAUGGUUGAGGUUCAGUUAAGAUGCACAGAGGCCUCUAUGUAGCUUAUAAUGGAAUACUCUGUAAAUUGAGAGACACACUUAGUCUAGAAAGGAUGAAUCAACCAAUGUUGAGUUCGAGUGCUAUGCCACACUCGUUAAGGAAAAAGACAUUUAUCCCAGUAACAUCUGUGCUUAGUAAUGAGGAAUUAAAAAUGUUAAUACAGGGCAAGCUGUAAUUUAUAAGUAAAGAGCUGAGCCAGAAUCACAGGCAUUUCUUUUAAACUUUGUCAUUCUGCAGAAUACUAUUAACCUAAUCACAUGGAACGUGAAGUUAGGUUACCUGCUAAAAAUUCAAGUUUGUUUUUUCUUAGAAAUGACAAGCUUUAUUGGUCAGAUCCCAUAGGAUCUAGGAUUAUUCUCAAAGUGAGCAGCAAUUUGCUUUUCAGACAUGAAGGGUCUAAGAAAGCAAGCUUACAGGAUAUACAAGGUUUAAGCCAGUGGUAUUGUAAAGUAGAGUGCAACAGUUGUUUAAAAUACGUGAACUGCAAUUUAUUAUUCACACUAUAACCAAUACCCACGUAUCAGCUUAUUUUUCUGGGGAGAAAAAAACAAACUAUCAAAUGUUACAUCUUUUUGCACAAAUUCAUUGAGUGGUAUAUAUUAACAAGUAUAAAACAAUAAGAUGUCAGGAAACAGUUUUGCUAGCAUUGUGGGAACAAAUGGAAUGGAACAAUUGAGAGCCUGUAAUGCACGUAUAUUUCUAUAUGAUCAUGUUAAGAGGCCCAUUUUAAACAUCACCACAUUUGGCCAAAGUCAGUUCCAAUGUGUGCCUUGUGCUAACCCAAGGGAGGUCACUGCAUUUGAACAGCAUAUAGGUCAGGACACAGCAUCUACAAAUUGUUUUAGGACACGUAGGCAUUUAUGGAACACAACUCAGUUAGCUGCAGCUGAAUAAGCAAGUUUGAAGUCAGAAAGCCAAGAAACAAAAAGGAAUGAAUGUGAACAAGUAUCACCUUCCCUUCGACGUUUCUGCCGGAGGAAGAUUUAAGUUUGAUUAAACUGAGCUGGUGACUCAAGAUCCCAUGUAAAGGAAAAAGUGCAGGUGAAGGUAUUAAUACUUCUCAUCAGUUCUGUUUCCACAUAUGCUGCAUGUGUCUUUCAAUAACGGCAUUAGGAGUAAAAGUAAUUAGAUACUUACUGCCACUGUUCAGACAUUUUCAGGAAGAAUGUUUCAGAAAACCUCAGAAUCUAGAAACUAUUGAAAAAAGGUAGUGAAACAGCUGUGUAUUGUAUUAUUUAUUCUGGGCCCUUUUCAGGGUUGAACAGAUUACCUGAUCUCUCUGGAUGAAUAUCAACAGUCUUCCCUGCAAACAAAGUCAGUCACAAAACAUAAUAUUUAAGCCAUUCAUUUUCUUAAAAAAUAAAUGGGUGUCUGUUCUGUUUCUUAAAUAAUUUUUUAACGUGUAUAGAGCAGCAAGAUGUACAGAGAUCACCAAGGUUUUCCACAGUACACAUGAGUUAGCAUAUGUCACUGAAAAACGUGUUUCAGAAAGCUUUCAAGGCAGCAGCUGGUCUGCUUUACUGGUUGACCAUAAGCAUUUAAAAGUUUUAAUAGUGCAGUACCUGGGGCUCCAGAAAUGGCGCAGAACAGGAAAAAAAUGAAGAUCAUUAC